UGGAAGAUCUGAAUGAAGACUGGUGGCAUAUGAGACAACAGAACACUUCUACUGUGCAGUCAUUGGGUUUGGUUGACUAACCACAGGAGAAGGGGAAAGGUCUCGAGGUGUGAGGUUAGCAGGAGUGGGGGCAAAGGAACAUUAAAAAAAAAAGACCCAUCAAUAUUGCAAAGACUUUCCACAUUCCACACCCACCUGGAAGCCCCCUCUUGCCACAGGAAGUGAGCUGACCGGCGGGGGAUAAAAGAGAUAAAAAGCAGGCACCCCUCAUUCUCUCUGCUCAGCUUAGCAGGACCUCAGCCAUGAGAACUCUCCUCCUCAUCUUGCUUGGGAUCUGGUGUCUCACUGCAUACGGCGUAGAUGGUGUGGGAAGUGAAGCCCUGGAAAAGAGUGUCUGCAUGAGUCUGAAAACCAGGCCUCUGCCUGUCCACAGAAUCAGGACCUAUACCAUCAAAGAAGGCUCCCUGAAGGCCGUGAUAUUUAUCACCAAACGUGGCUUUAAAAUCUGUGCUAAUCCAGAAGAUGAGUGGGUGAAAAAGGCCAUUAAAAGUGUGGACAAAUCCACCAGAAGAAAUGCGACCCAGACCAAGCCCACAGGAACCCAGCAGACAACCAAUACAGCUGUGACCCUGACUGGCUAGGGCUGCCAGCACUUUGUCCCUAAGAAGCCAGCCAGCUUAUCUUUCUUCAUCAGUUCAUGGAUUAAUUAAAUUAUGUUCACCUUAUAUGAAAAUGCUGCAUGUGUCAGAGUAUUUUCUUGUAUUUAAAAUUUUAUGUUUCAUAUUCACUGAGGUCCUCUAAGUAAUAAAUAUUUAUUAUUAAGAAUAA